GUGAACAGCACAUAACACGAAGUAGUGGUUUGCAUUCACUAGUAAGUCAACGUACCUUGCAACUGAAAUGUUGAUCUAAUUCUCCUUGUUCAACAAGAAGCGGAUUGGAAUAUACAACACUUGCAGUCUUUGAAGGUCUAUCCAGCCUAGAUAGUUAGAAGCGCCCCUUCACUCCAUCAAGACACUCACUACCAGGAAUUGUAACCAGGAAUAGCCGCAGAGAUGGGUUGCUGUGGGACGUGCGUUGAAGGCCUCCUGAGAUUCGUUCUCUUCAUCUUCAACCUGGGCUUGCUGGGUGCUGGACUUGCCCUGCUUAUCGUGGGAGGCAUUGCAGCUAAGGAGUUCCAGGACUUUGCCGAUGCGAACCUGUUCGAGAGUCGUUAUCUAUGGGGUCCGGUGGCGCUGGCAAUUGUGGUCGGUGUUCUUCUGGUGAUGGUCGGCUUCUUCGGCAUCGGUGGUCUGUGCUGCAAGAACAAGUGCAUGCUGAAGACGUUCAUCAUCUUCCUGGUCCUCCUGAUGGUGCUGGAGAUCACCAUGAUGGUGCUCGCAUUCGUGUACAGAGACCAGGGUGAAACCAGUGCUAGGGAUGGAAUUCGCACCGCAAUGGUAAAGGCAUACGGACCUCAGAGCGACUCCAAGACCAUGAAGGCACUGGACAAGCUUCAGCAGGAGUUCGAAUGCUGCGGGAGCAACAGCAGUACCGACUACAUAAACGCCAACCUGUUCAUUCCCGCGGCCUGCUGCAAAGAUCAACCUGCAGUCUGCACCUACCCCUACCAAAAGGGCUGCUCAAAUGCUAUGUUCGAGAAGUUCCAGAAGUACACUGUCGGCAUCUUCACAGUCGCUAUUAUCUUCGUAAUUCUGCAAGUGAUCGGUCUCAUCCUGGCCAUCAAGUUCAUCCGAGAGGAUAGCGGCGCCGAGAAGUAGAGUGCACACAUGUCUUCGUCUUCAAAUUCCACACAAGAUGAACGAUGUGCCAGUUAAGCACAGGGAAGGAAGGUUGUGUGUACUUCUUCUUCAUGAUACCAAGCAACGUUAGCAUUGUCCACAUGAUAACGUGGAAGAGGAGCAUCCACUUAAUCCUACCCCCCCCCCCCCCCCCCGAUCUGUCUAUUCUUCUAGGCAGUUUGCAUUCAUUAGCAUAAUACAGCUGUCUACUACAGACGGCGUAAUCCAUUCUGAAACGUCAUGAAUUCUUUUGAUAUAUUCAAAUACUCUAUGGUGUAUACGUUUUGUUUAAAUGCAUGUUGUAAAACUAUAUCACUGUCUAGGUUGUAAGCAAGAGAAUGGUUCCAGUCAUGGCGUACGGAACUAAAAAACGUGCCCAUCUAUAGGCGCCUUUGUAAGUGAGGCUUAGCUUAGUUGCUAAUCUUGGCAUGAAUAUUGCUGUGUUCUAUAUUCCAAUUUCUAGUCGCUGAUAUUCCAAUUCCAAUUUUUCUA